AUGGGAAAGAACGUAUUUGAUUAUCCAAGGACAUUAUAUCCACCAAUCCAACCAUAUAAGGAACAUAGGAUGAAGGUGUCUGACGUGCAUGAUUUGCAUGUUGAGGAGUCUGGCAAUCCAGAGGGAAACCCUGUGAUCGUUGUCCAUGGUGGACCUGGCGGUGGCUGUGAAGACUUCUACAGACAAUUCUUCAAUCCCAAGCUCUACAGAAUCAUUAUGUUUGAUCAAAGAGGUUGUGGCAAGAGUUUGCCAUUCGCAUGCCUUGAGGAUAACACAACAUGGCACUUGGUUGAUGAUAUGGAGAAGAUUAGAGUGUUGCUCAAUGUUGAGAAGUGGGUCGUCUUUGGUGGAUCUUGGGGAUCAACCCUGUCCCUUGCCUACGCCGAGACACAUCCAUCAAGAACAAAGGCUUUGAUCCUUAGAGGUAUCUUCACACUUAGAAGGGAUGAGUUGUUAUUCUUCUAUCAGGAGGGAUCAAGUUGGUUGUUCCCAGAGUACUUUGAGCCAUUCCGCAUGAUGAUACCAGAGGUGGAGAGAGGCGACUUGAUGAGCGCAUAUUAUCGCCGUCUCACUGGCAGUGAUGAGGAGGUCAAGCGUGCAUGUGCCGAUGCCUGGACACGCUGGGAGAUGUCCACCUCCAAGCUCAUUCUGGACGAGGACAAGAUCAAGCAUGGUGAGGAGGGCGACUUUGCCCUGGCCUUUGCCCGUAUCGAGUGUCACUACUUUGUCAACGGUGGAUUCUUCAAGGAGGAGGGACAGCUGAUCAAGAACGCACACCUGCUCAAGGACAUCCCUGCAGUGAUUGUCCAAGGUCGUUACGAUGUUGUCUGUCCAGCCAAGUCUGCCUACGAUCUCCACAAGAGUUAUCCAGGCUCAGUGCUCAGGAUCAUCCCAGACUCUGGCCACUCAGUAUCCGAGCCAGGAACAAUGUCAGCAUUAGUAGAGGCUUGUGAUCAGUUUGCAACACUC